UCUGUGGUCGCCUGUGGGCUGACGAAUAUUAAAAUAGUAAAACUGCAGACAAAUUUAAAGCAAAUGAAGAGAUGUGAUCGUCGUCUAUUACCCUGCACCCUUUUUAGAGGUUCCCAUAAUAAGUUUGAGAUGAUUAAUGGGAUAGGAAAUAAGAUUUAAAUAAGAAUAAGAGACCAUAUUUUGAUCCCAGAAUUCUACUAGAGUGGCUUUGCAUGGUUCAAAAUAUCCCUUAUUUCUCCUGCACAGUACAUUCACUCUGAAACAAGUAGUUUUAGUCUUUGCCCCUCCCAUUUAAGACACCUAUCUAUCUGCCCCUUGCAGACACAAGGUUUGAGCAGGUAGGUGAGGCGUUUGGCUCACACUCACAUGUUCUGAUCUUACAGUUUGAAACUGUUACACUGUUACAUUUCUGACAGAAAUAUAAGGGAACUCUUAAUGAGUACCCUUUAAUCUUGUUCAGGCUCUUAAUGUUCCCUGACAUUUUCAGUUUCUUUUAAAUUAUUAAAGGAAAGAACAGAUUAGGGAAAACUGCAGGACAAAAACUCACGUCACAGGCAGUUUUGGACACGUCUCCAUUUGUAGUCAAGGCUUAAUUUCCAUAUGUCCUAAUCCACAUUUGCAGCAGUGGCUGCCUUUGAUAUUCAGGUUCAAGUAAAAGCUGUAGAUUUAUUGUGCCUGCAUGAUUAAAGAGGCGAGCUGUCGGUCUCGCUGGAGGCAGCCGCUCUGAGCUGUACAUGCUGGACAUGUGUUGUGUUUAUCAGCCUUCAGCAUGAGUGACGUCUCACGGGUGUUUAACAGCUGAAGCUUUCCUCUGAACAGAGCUGGUUGCACCUUCAUAUCACGUCCUCCCAGAGUCCCUACCCACCUGUUUGCCUCUGACACACAUUUACUUUCAUGGCUGACUUCAGUGUGAGCUUUUAAAUGCUGUCAGGGGCCUCGUCUUUCUUAGCCGCUUUGGAGGCCAAUCUGCUUAAGGAUAUCUGUCCACUCAUGCACGUGCUCACAGUUUCCUUUCCUGCUAGUCAGAUGGCCUGAAAACACAACAUAUUACAAAUCCAUCUUGUGCUCCGGCUACUGUAAGCCACAUUGUAGAUUUUGCUGACCCAUCACAUCUGCUCAGUGUGGCCAUGUGUGUUUGUUGUGGAGUUAGUUAGGUAGCGCUAUCAUUUUAAUCUGCAGCUUUGCAAUGAGGAGGCCCAGCUGGAGCUGCUUACCCGUGCUGGUCACACGCCAUAUGUUUGCUCAGACGCAUGGAAACUGCCGCAAUUGCGCUCGCCUCCCUCCACCCCAACCAUUCUAACCGGUUGCACAGGCUUAUCGUGGCUUUAGCAUCUGUGCGGUAAAUGUAGGCCAUUGAUGUUUGCUUGUCUGGCUGGUGGUUUAAACCAGUGAACGCAAGCUGUGACUUUUAGUCGUUUGUGCGCUGUACCGUGAUACCAUCUCUGCACGUCCACGAUGAAGCUGAGGUCCAGGAGUAGAGAAAGAAUGGAGACAAAAACAGAGGAAGAGGUGAAAUUAGAUGAGAUUGAAAUGAUUCCAAAGUCCGGAAAAUCUCCAGCAGACUCACGGAAAUCUGCCGGCAUUCAUGAGUUUGCAGCGCUUGCCAGAUCCUCCUUGAAUGGUAUCUCUCAGGCAGUGAGAGACCACAUGACAAAGCCCACCUCGCUGGCUCAGGGCCGGGUCGCUCACCUCAUCGAGUGGAAAGGUUGGCCUAAACCUGCAGCUCCUUCACUGGCCGCACACUCCCAGUUCAGCUCCUACUGCAAUCUGACUGAAGGGGAGAAGGAGGCUCGUUUUGCUGCAGGAGUGGCCGAGCAGUUUGCCAUCGCGGAGGCUAAGCUACGUGCUUGGGCAUCUGUGGAUGACGAUGAUGAGGAAGAUUUCAAUGAUGAAGACUCCCACAUCAGCGGACAGACUCACACGGUAUCCAGCCAAAACUCAGAAGCCACCAUCUACAGUUCCACCUCUGGAGCACCGCCCGGGGUGGACCGCACUGAGACGCCACCAUCCGAUGGUCCCCUGGGCUCCCACAACAGCAGCCUGCCCUGUGGCAGGCUAGCAACUGAAAAUGCCCCACAGUCAUCACAAAGCAACUCACCCACUUUGCCCAGCGACUCCAUGAGUACGUGCCUGGAGGAGGAGGAGGAGGAGGAAGAGGAGGAGAGGCUGGAUAGCCUCGAGGAGCAGCCGGCUCCUUUGCAGGAGCACCGCAGCGAAGUGUGCAUCCACAGCAAGCCCGAGUGGAGGCCGAGGUGCAGGAGCAGCAGGUUUGACUCCUGCUACUCCACCUCUCACUCCGAGUCUCCUGGAGAGGAGGACGAGGAAGACGAGGAGGAAGAGGAAGGCAGCGUGUUUCACGAGGUCCGCGUGUGGCACUGCAGCCCCAGGAGCUUUUUCUCUGACCGGGCGUCUUCCGGGGUGGCGUCAUUCGAUGAGGAAGAAGAAGAGAGAGAAGAAGCAGAAGGAAAAAAAGAGUAUUUGAUGUGAUGUGUCGUCCACCUUUUUGUCCCCUUGAGUCUGUGUUGAUUCUGGAUAUUAUGCUUCAUCCUUACACCUCUCCUCCUCCUCCUCUUCUCCUUCCUCCUCCACUCAUUCUGUCUCCUGUCUCUCAUCCUCCAAGCCUUUCAUACUGAUCUUGCUCCACUGUUUAUCGCUGCUGUAAACAGUCAAUAUGUUGAGAGAGUUCAAUCAGAAUGUAAUGCUGUUGUUCACUAAGUUUUGUACGUUUAUUUUUUUUGUGUGUGUGAACAGUCAUGUGUUGCUAUUGCAUUGGUUUUCUAUGGAUAUUUUCUAGUGUUGUUUCCUCUGGGUCACGCUGUGUCACGUGGGUUGGGCUCUGUUUGAUAUUGAAUGCCUGAAUGUCUUGCAUAUAUAAAUAUGAGUUUUUGAAAGAA